AUGUUUGCUAAAGUGUUCUUCGUUGCCGCCCUGGCCAUCGCUAGCGUCUCUGCCAGGCCAGGAUUCCUGGGUGCUCCAGUUGCCUACUCUGCUCCGGCCGUUGCCUACACCGCUGGAUAUGCUAACGUGGGAGAUUCCGCCGUUGUCACUUCGCACAGCUCGCAGGUCAUCAACCCAGCGUACGCUGCCUACACUGCAGCUGGUCCUCUGGCCUAUGCCGCUGCUCCGUAUGCUGCCCAUCUGGCGUACCCUGCCCCACUGGCGGCCAACUAUUUGCUGUAA